AUGCAGCCUGCUUUUGCAAAGUGGUACGAUCGAACGGACUGUGUCUUCACUGAAUUUUGUGUUGAAGACAAUAAGGAUGUUAAUGUAAAUUUUGAAAAAUCCAAACUUACAUUCAGUUGUCUUGGAGGAAGUGAUAAUUUUAAGCAUUUAAAUGAAAUUGAUCUUUUUUACUCUAUUGAUCCAAAUGAUUCCAAGCAUAAGAGAACGGACAGAUCAAUUUUAUGUUGUUUACGAAAAGGAGAAUCUGGCCAGUCAUGGCCAAGGUUAACAAAAGAAAGGGCAAAGCUUAACUGGCUUAGUGUGGGCUUCAAUCAUUGGAAAGACUGGGAAGAUGGUUCAGAUGAAGACAGGUCUAAUUUUGAUCGUUUCUCCGAGAUGAUGAACAACAUGGGCGGGGAUGAGGAUGUAGAUUCACCAGAAGUAGAUGGAGCAGAUGAUGAUUCACAAGACAGUGAUGAUGAAAAAAUGCCAGAUCUGGAGUAAGAAAUAUUUCAUCACCUGGAUUUUGAGAAAGAAAAUAACUUCUCUGCAAGAUUUCAUAAU